CGUUUGCGAUCGAAAUAGAGGCAGGUAUGUACAUUUAAUGGAUAGCUAGGGCAUGUGAAUGCAUAGAGGGUGCAUAGUAGCCCUGUUUCGUGUAUCAUUAUUGACACUUCACACUUUUUUUGUAUUUUGCUUCAGUCUCAACACUUAUUUUGAUUAAGUCUUAACGGGCGUGUUGUUACUUCAAAUUGAUGUUCGUCUCUGAUAGGUAAUAAACGUCAAGGUUCAAUUUGCAUUUUUCCUUUUAUCUGUCAUUGGGAAAUAGGCCAGGGACAUCAACAUCUAUUGCCGCUUUGAUUCCGGCCGGUUGGAGCCCCAUACACCGAUAACCAUCUACGGGAAAAGGACGGGUCUCAUAUAUUUUCGUUUUCUCCUUUGAGGAUGCAGAUGCUCUCCACUAUCAUCAACAUCGUCGGCUAAUCGUUUCUCUCUGAGCAAAGACCCUUCAAUUUUGAUGAACUCUUGAAUGAACUAUCUCAACAUCAUGAAGUUUCUUCUAGCGGUACUGUGCAUCUACACGAUGGCGGUCCAUGGUGUGACGUCACAAUACUUGGGAAAAACUGACGAGCGCGCGGCCAUCCCUCCCCCGGACGACCCGGGUCACAACACCCAUCAGGAGGCGGUCAUCUUCUCCUGCCUAGCCGUCGUCGUCGUCUUCGCCGUACUUUGCACGCUCAUCCUCUGGUUCGUCGUCGAGCGAAAUAAGAGCGAUAUCCGACGCCUCGACCAGCUCAUCCCCGAGAUCGCCGAGAGGAUGAGGAAGGAGACGAUCACCGUGAACGGGACGCUGAUGUCGGGAACGUUGACGGCGUCGCACGAGUUCGAAGCCGAGUUUCUGACAAAUGAGGAGGUGCAACUGACGUCGUAUAGGAGGCAGCAGGAAGAUGAUGUGACAGCCGAAGCUAGCGCACCACCUGCCGAACCUGCAAACGGUGAUGUACCACGAGAUCACGAGGGAGACCACGGGGUUGAUGCUAAUGACGGGGUACGAACCGAUGCGGUAACUGAUGAUAACCAAAACGACGUUGGAAGACACAGUCAGCGGCGCGAGAGAAGCGAACGACACAACGAACAUCGCAUUGAACAUCACAACGAACGUCACAAUGAACGGAAUGACGAUGGCAGUCACGAACGGCGCCCACACCAUCACAAGUCCUACGAGCGACAUUCGCAUGACCGUCAUUCAACGCCACACGAUUAUACCGAAGUCGCUCUGCGUCACAACCGCUCCCGUCCGCCGCCGCCUUCGUACCGCCACACCUACGAUAACACGUACGACAACCCGGUCAUGUCAAUGCAGGACGAGCGGGAUUUUCGACGCGAACGCAGGAACGGCCCGACGCCGACGCCCGCACCUAAACCUGCCAAGCGUUCAACACGUCCAGUAUCUGCUUAUGAGGCCUCCGGAAGUGAAUACCCGGGGGAGGCACCUAGGCCAAUCUCUAUCAUAGGCAUUAUGGGGGAUGAAGAUGGGAGAAGACCAACACGACAUGGACAUGGGCGUAGAUAUAAAUCACUGCUGUAUGAGAGUCAUGUUUAAUUUACGCAUUCUAUCUAUGCAUAUACUGCUUACGUUUAACAAGUACGUUUUCCUACUUUAUACGAUGCAUAUCAUAGCGCGUUGAGAGAGAUAGUUGUGACACACUUAUCAUCGCGUAUACGCGAGAUGGGUCAUUGUGCUCAAAAUAAUCUCCUCCCAAGUACAAUCUCUAUGACUGGGAACUAUUCUAUAGCUUCAAGAAGUUCCCGACAAAUCAGAAACAACUUCUGGUGACGUCCCUAUCUCUCUCAAGUAGAUACGACAUGAUGCAUAUGUACAUUAUCAUAAGUGUUGUAUUAUUAUCAUCAUAGUCAUUAGUCUUGCCACUCUUACAAAUGUUAACACUAAAUCACAUAUUUAUUUUGUUAUAUACGGUAUGUCUAUUGAAGCAUCCCAUUUUUUUCUUCUCGAUACUAUAGAUUUGGGCAAAAUAAAAUAUUUGUUAUAAGACGUCGAUAUCCCACAAAUGCAUUUCUCUUGCUUUUAAGGAGUGGAUUGGAAAGGGGAGGUUCCAAUAGAAAUCAUGGCAUAUUUUUCGUCAAGCGAAUCAAACGUAUUGACCAAUAAUAUUAAAGAAAAGUUAGCGUCUUGCCAAAGCGCGGAGAAAAGUUCGUUAAUGACACACAGGUGUGUAUUGUUUUUCAUAUUUAUGUGAAAACGAGUAGAAAGAAAGUUUAUGGUGCUAUCAAAAGAAAGGGAGUUCCAUCCUGAAUUAAUAUAGUAUUAAUACAUUUUUUUUUAAUUCAGCGCAUAAUACAGAGAUGUCUUUAUGCGCUAAAAAGAUACUAGUUUAAAUCAACUGAAAUAAUAUACAGUGCGUCCCAGAAAAAACGAAACCGAAAACUAUCGAUGUUUUAUCAUACCUUAGUCACAUUUAUAAUUAAUAAAUGACACAUAUUUGGAA